AGGCGCCGAUGGGCUGUGGAGAGGCUGGGGAUCGAGCAGAGAGGCGCGCGGGGGUGGGCGCUGCAGCCGCGGGUUGUUUAUCCGGAGUACGGAGGGGAGGGGGGAGCCUGGAAACCGCCCCGUGUCCCAUUUCCUCCUCUUGUUUUCGCUCCGGAUUCUCCAUGUUGGACCCAAACUGAGGAACCCGGAGCUGCCGCCGGAGGAUCGGGGCCGGGGCACCCGGGGAAGCCGCUGCCCGGGCCGCCCGCCCUCCGUACAGGCCGCCUCCCUUCCUGGCCCAGGGAGGGAACGCGAGCAGGGAUGUGAACAGCUGCGGGAGUCCGAGUCUCGAGAGCCGGAGCCAGAGCCCGCGCGGGUCCCCACCCAGGCCCCCCAGCCCAGCCCAGCCUGCGCGCCCGCCCGUCCUCCCGCCCAGCCAGCCCGGGCCCGCGGGAUUGUUAGAUGGAACACGGCUCCAUCAUCACCCAGGCGCGGAGGGAAGACGCCCUGGUGCUCACCAAGCAAGGCCUGGUCUCCAAGUCCUCUCCCAAGAAGCCUCGUGGACGUAACAUCUUCAAGGCGCUUUUCUGCUGUUUCCGUGCCCAGCAUGUUGGCCAGUCAAGCUCUUGCACUGAGCUCUCCGCAUACAAGGAGGAAGCCAGCACCAUUGCUAAGUCGGAUCUGCUGCAGUGUCUCCAGUACCAGUUUUAUCAGAUCCCAGGGACCUGUCUGCUCCCAGAGGUGACAGAAGAAGAUCAAGGAAGGAUCUGCGUGGUGAUUGACUUGGAUGAAACCCUUGUGCACAGCUCCUUUAAGCCAAUCAACAAUGCUGACUUCAUAGUGCCUGUAGAGAUUGAGGGGACCACUCACCAGGUCUAUGUGCUCAAGAGGCCUUAUGUGGAUGAGUUCCUGAGACGAAUGGGGGAACUCUUUGAAUGUGUUCUCUUCACUGCCAGCCUGGCCAAGUAUGCCGACCCUGUGACUGAUCUGCUGGACAGGUGUGGGGUGUUCCGGGCCCGCCUCUUCCGUGAGUCCUGCGUGUUCCAUCAGGGCUGCUAUGUCAAGGACCUCAGCCGCCUGGGAAGGGACCUGAGGAAAACCCUCAUUCUGGACAACUCGCCCGCCUCUUACAUCUUCCACCCAGAGAAUGCCGUGCCCGUGCAGUCUUGGUUUGAUGACAUGGCAGACACUGAGUUGCUGAACCUGAUCCCAAUCUUUGAGGAAUUGAGUGGAGCAGAGGAUGUCUACACCAGCCUUGGACAGCUGCGGGCCCCUUAGCAUUCCCUUCUUCCAAACAACAGCCAUCCCAGUAGGGGACUUCCCUACACUGUGCCUUUAUGAUCAGCCUGACAGACGGAGCGGCAAUAGAGCAUCUCACCAAGCGGGGCCUGGAAAUGGAAGUGAUAGUAAAGGGCUUUAGGACAGGUUAGAUGUUAAGUGGGCAAAUACCAGCUGACAAUACCGAGAGCUGCCUGCUCCCUGAAUUGGGCUCCCAAGAUUGUGUGUAUGUAUGUAUGUGUGUGUGUGUGUGUGUGAGAGAGAGAGGAGAGAGAGGAGAGGGAGAGAGUACAUGCGUGUCUUGCCUUGAGCGAUGGAUGUAAGUUGUUUCAGGUUCAGGGAGAAGCUGAAAGACCAAGAUUCUCUCCAAGUUCAUCUCCCCUCCGGUCCCCCUGAGAGCCACUGAGCCCUGUUGGGAUGAAGACUUUUGAAGGUUCUGUUGCCAAACCCAUGGCCUUUCCGCAGUGUUGUAAUGCCACGGGAAGAAUGCCUUCGUUGACCCCAGGCACUCACCUUUCUAAACCGUUUUCCAGCCAGCUGCUGUAGACAGAUGGCAUUUCUGGAAAGAUGAAAGCUUGUGUCCAGAACUCGUUCCCAGUGGCCAUCAAGUCCUGUGGGCCAAGGGCAGCACCUGCCUCCAGCCAAGUGCCAACGUGAGCCCUUUCUGUGUCUCCCCAAGGCUUGGGUACCGGGCCUGCCUUCCUCACCACCUAGCCAUAGUCUUGAACCAUGGGGAAGGAUGUCUCCUCCCUGCUAUGGAAGAGGACAGAUAAUUGAUUUCCGUUCUUUUGACUCUGUUUUAAAAUUCUCUUUCUGAACAUGGAGUGUGGGACCUGUUUUGUUUCUGACAGCUGUGGUCCUGAGCCUGAGAUGGAGGUGGGAGGCCCUGGGGCGCAGGAAAGAGGAAGAUGUGGGAGCAUGGUGUGUAUCCUUCAGCUGGUAGGUCCGCUGAGCUUGGGGCUGUGUCCCUCAGCCCGCUCUGCAGGGACUCUGCUUUUGCUGGCGAAGGGCUGGUGUCCAACGUGCAGGAAGGGUGCUCUGCUCCCUCCCUGGCGCUCUGUGGGCAGGGCUCUUUGCUGUCUUCCCCUGACGCCUGGCUUGUGCCAAGUGGGCGUUCUGCUCCAGUGCUCAUCCCACCUGGCUGUUGCUUUUUCUCUCCGGGGCCUCAGAGGUAGACCUGCUCUGCCCAGGCUGAGGGGAUGGGGGUUCCGUCGUCCAGCUUGCCAGGCUUGCACACCUGCCCCUGCCCUGGGUACCAGGUGUGAGUGAGCCCUCUGCACACCUUUGUCAGUCUUUUGCUUUCAGUGUUUCUUAAUAGUGAAUGCUUUAAAAAUUGUCACAAAAUGGAAGUUUUCCCGGGAUGGAAAGCAAAAGGGGAAAGCUGCUGUAAUUGGGAGUACAAGGGGCCCCCCAAAAGGGAGCCCCACGUCAGCAUCACUGCCUUAAUCGAAGCCUCCCCAGGGGUUGGGUGGGGUUCUCCUGUCUUCCCUCCUUCCCCAGCUGUUUUUUCCCUGGAGGCAGGUGUCAGACAUGGUGAACUUUUUCAGGCAAGAGGACACCUCCCCUCCCCUUACCCUUUCCGCUCCCACAUGCAGGCCCCAGCUGAGGAGCUGCCCAGCUUCCUGCACAGCAGGUGAGGUGGCAGCUCAGUGUUCUGAGUGGUAGCUGGCUGUCACACCUUCUCAACACUGUGGUGCCACCUCCCUCCUUCCCCUCAGGGCUGUAAGACCUUGUCUCUCCCUUUGGUAUCACAGAAGUGAAACAGAGCCCUCCCUCAGCAUCAUUCCCUAGUGUGUGCAGCGUUCUGCUGGCAGGGGAAGAGGUGCUACCCAGGAAUGAUCCUCCUGAAGGAAAAUGGGGGCUUCUGACUCUGAGGCUCUGGCCCAGGCCUCUAUCCUAAUAUGGGCUUGGGGGAUACUUUCCCAAGCCCUACCCUAGGGGUUAGACCCUGGGCCAAAUCUGCCAUCUGGGCCUGAUCAAGCUUUUCUGAUUAAAUAAGCAAUAAAAGGCUCUGCUGAUCCAGUUUUUAGGGCCCUUCUGCCAUCUUUGGGGUCUCCAUGUUUUUCCAGGUGGAGGAAGAGCCCAGAUUCCCCCUUUCCUAUCAGGCUUGUCCCAGUAUGACUCAGGAGUAGAGCCCAGGUAGCUCGGUGGAGGUGUCCCUGCCGUGUCCGCAGGAGACCCUGCUCUGCAGGCCUGGCUCUCAGCAGAACCCUGCCCUGCCCACCUGCAUUUCCUCAGCAGAAACACCGUAUUUCCAUUUGCCCCUCUCCCUUCCCUGGAGAAACAACUCAGCCAAAUAAAUCUAAACGGUCCGUCCGUGUGGACCAGAGCCUGCCUGAAGUCAUGGUUUACUGCCUCAUUUCCAGGCCCAAGGCAUGGUAGGGGCCAGUGAUGGUUGCAAAACUUGCUCCUUAGAGGAAUCAGGCCUGACUCAAUAUUGGAGGAGGGCAAGACUAAGGGAACUAGUUCAUCCCAGGGUCUGUUCUGGGGCUUCCCACUGCCCUUCCCUUCUGAGGCUGGUCUUCGGGAGGCAGGCUACCGUGCCGGUCAGCCCCAAUUCAAGCCAUGCCAGGAAUCUGCCCACCUGUCAGGGUCAGUUCUGUCAGGUGCCUCUUGAGGGACACAGUGUGUCUCUCUGAUUGGGCUAAAUCAAAAGCCUGAUGUUCGUGUCCCUCUCAUAGGGGGAGCUUUGGACACAGGACCAGUCUGGAAAGGGUCAGUAAGAGUCACCACUCUGCACAUUGUAGAGGGGACACUGGAGGCCUAUAGGUCCCUUGCUUAGAGGUUGAGUAAAUUUGCCUUCAGUUACCUGGGGCCUUCUGUUUAGUUGCCUCCUGCCUCCCAAAGAUUUUGACCAUUUUUUAAGUGUACAAAUUCACCUCUAUUAACUAUAGCCCAGAAGCUUCUUUGUGCUAAAAGCAUGGAAGUCUAAAGGCACUCAUUCCCAGGGAAGUGCAUCCCGUUCAGUUCUGCCCCCAGCCUGUUUCCGAGGCCUCAUUCAGCAGGGCAGUCCCCUUGUAAGGCUGUCCUAAAUCCCGUGUCCCCUGGCAGGCCCAGCAUCUGGAAGGUAAGCCUAUUUUCCCUCCAGGUCUUCAGUUGGUUACUUAACCAUUAUCGACCCUCAGUCACCUUUUGUAAAAUGGGGUUUUACUUUUGUCUUUCUGUUUUUUAUUUUGUAAUACUGGUAAAUAUUUGCAUUCAAAUGGGGGAGGGAAGGCAGAGGUCUGGCCCUGUCCUGUUCCUUUAGUGCUGUAAGGCCUGCCGCUGAAUUUGGGCCCCGUGAGCUUCUUUCUUGUAGUAAUUCCAGGUUUGCUGUUUCACGUUGUGCCACUUUUCCCCCUUCAAGGUGCCAUUUGGAGGGUGGGGAUGUUUCCCACUGUGACUGGGGUAUGGAACUCUGACUACAUUGCUCUCAGAUUUAUGGUUUGAUAAAUUUGUUGUAUUCGAAAACUUGAAAUGUAGGACGCCAUUAAGUGUCUGUUUAUAUUUUUGGAAUAUUUGUAAUACUUACAAUUAAUAAAAGAGGGUUUAAAAAACCCAUCCAGGAAUGGGA